AUGUUAUUAGGAGCUCUCAGGCCCUUUAGACUUGCUGAUAUCGGAGAAGGUAUAAGUCAAGUUGAAGUUAAAGAGUGGUAUGUUAAACCGGGUGAUAAGGUAGAGGAGAUGGAUCGUCUAUGCACAGUGGAAAGUGACAAGGCGGCGGUGGACAUCACCAGCAGUUACGGUGGAGUUGUAAAGCGAUUGUUGUUUGAUGUUAAUACUACGGCUAAGGUUGGUGACGUUUUGUUGGAAAUUGAGGAGGAGGAGGAGGAGACGACGAAAGAGGAAGUGGCGCCUAGUGAUGAUGAUGGAGUUGGCGCCGCAGUUCUGAACGACACCACUAGGACGGCAUCUUCCGGCGCCUCCACAUCUUCCCAGAACACAAGAAUUGUCCCUUUCCAUUUGGCUGACAUUGGGGAGGGGAUAAGCGAGGUGUCGGUGAUGGAGUGGUAUGUUAAAGAAGGGGACCAUGUUGAAGAGAUGGAUAGAUUGUGUACUGUUGAAAGCGACAAGGCGGUAGUUGAUAUUACAAGUCGUCAUAGAGGGACGAUAAGGCGUCUAGGGUGUAACGCUGGUGACACGGCGAAAGUGGGUUCGGUGUUGGCCGAAAUUGAAGUUGAAAAAUCUGAGGAGGAUGAGGAGGAAGAAGGACUCGGGAGUGUUGAAACGGAGGAACGUGUGGAAAAGGAUGAUAGUAGUAGUAGUAGUAGUAGUGGUUGUAGUAUUUCGGCCAUCCCUAUGGUCAGACAAGCAGCUAAGGAGAAUGGAAUUGAUAUUAACACGUUAGUGGGCUCAGGACCAGAUGGGAGGGUGACUAUGGAAGAUGUUCUAAAGUCGACCGAAAAAGAAAAAAAAGUUGAGGAAAAAUUUUCCGAAAAAAAUUCGGAAAAUUCUACUUAUCGAGUUUCCCUCUUGAGGGGUGUGGCCGCAGCUAUGGUACGAUCGAUGACCGCAGCAUUAGCGGCGCCGCAUAUGAAUUUGGGAGAGGAAAUAAGAGUAGAUGAACUAGUGAGAGUUCAGGCGAAUCUGAAAAAACUGGUUCAAGGGCCGCCCUACAAUUUACCUUCAAUGACACUAACUGCGAUGAUGAUGAAAGCAUUGUCGUUGAGUUUGCUGAAACAUGAAAUACUAAACUCUAAAAUUGAGCCAUCAGGAGAGUAUUACACUGUUUAUGGUUAUCAUAAUAUUUCUAUGGCAAUAGACAGUCCGCAAGGAUUAGUCGUACCAAAUGUGAAAAAUGUGGAAAAGAAAAAUUUGGUUGAAAUUCAAAAAGAUAUUUUGGAACUACAGGCGCGCGCUUCGAGCGGUCGGCUAACACUUGAGGACAUUCGAGGAGGUACGGUAUCGUUUUCCAACGUCGGUGUGAUUGGUGGAACUUAUUCGAAAGCUGUUCUAUUCGAUGGUCAAGCCCUUAUUGGUGGUGCUGGAAGAAUAAGGACGCUGCCGAGGUUUACUGAUGAUGGUUCGGAGGUGUAUGCAGCGAAAGUGGUGAAUGUGUCUUGGUCGGCUGAUCAUAGGCAUAUUGAUGGUGCGACUGUUGCGCGUUUCUCCAACACUUUCAAAGGCUACCUCGAAAAUCCGGCGAGUAUGAUUCUCGAUGCGGCAUAA